GAAUACGGAAGUCCACCUACCUGCGUUUACAGCUCCUGGCCAAAGAGGAGUACAAACUGAGCCAGCUGAUGGAAGAAUCUUUGCUGGAGGACAAAAUCGCCCCCAUCUUGUACCAAUUGCACCUCGAAGCCAUGGACCGGAGGCUCCGGAUAGUCCUGAAGGCCAUCAGGGACUGUAUAGAGAAAGGAAGUUACAACAAGGUGGUGGAGAAUGACUUUGCCUCCCCGAGGAGCACCGUCACAACCGAGAGGUAGUGACAACGGACACGCCGUCCUUCAACGCCACUGAAGAAAGAUCAACACGUCGACCAAGCCACCCAACCCAACAGUCUCGCAAAAGACUGUGCGUAGGCCAACGUUUGAAUUCAGUGAAUUCAGGAAUCGCUCUUCUAAUUGUUCUCCAAGUAGCUAAGGCGUAGACUCUGCAACAGAUAUUAAGACUGAGAGUAACAGGUAGCUCUGCCGUCAACCGUCCUCGGGGCAAUCCACGUGUUCUCCGUGGGCGCGGUCUCCCACCUGCCGUGUUUUUGUUCCCCAUCCAGCCUCACUUGACUUAGGUUCUAAAUUAUUCUCCAUCAUCAGCGAGGGCUUUGGAGUCCACCUGUGGGCGGAGCUUCUGGCAAGCCCCACCUCCCCCCGCCCCCGUGCUUUCAUUUCUCCAACCGGCCAGUGAUUUCACAGCCCCCUCUUCUUUCUCCUUCCUGAUCCUUAAGCACAAGUGGCAACACCACCACCACCCCUGCACAUAUAGACACACUCCCGCUGGGAAGACCCAGUAGGAAAUGCUAUCACGUCAUCCAAAUAUCCUGGAGCCGACUUCAUCUGCAGGACAAGGAACUCCCUUGUCCUCGUCGCAGUUUUCCCAAUAGAAUUAGGAGAAAAUAAAUAAACAUGGAAGAUUGGGACACGGGACCUUCUCACUGGCUGGAGCGACUUUCCCGUUCCUUCCCUCCUUUUUUUCCUUUGUACAGAAAGCUGGUCUUUAUUUAAUAUUUUGUAUUUAUCGGACGCGGUG